CGGUGGCAGUGAGUGCCUGAAUGUGGUCAGGUUGAGCAGCAGGUGUAGAGGCUUGGGGUGGAGAUUACCCGACGGCGUCGAUUGGCGACGCCGCUGUAGAUGUGGAUUUUACCAUGCGCAGUGGUGAGGGCUCGAAGAAGCUUGGUCGGCAAUCCCCAAUCUGGUUGCCCUCAUCAUCAGCUCAUGCCAGACCCGCUCCGAAUACGACGCCGUGGCCAUCUGCUCUUCUGCUGAUCGCUCGGGUUCUUCAUUCCAAAAGUUACGCGCUUUUCGCCUUUUCAGUACAAAUCCACCUUCACAUCACCCCACUCCUGCACUUUUCUCCUGUCCCACUGUCUCGCCAGCUCUCUCCAGUCCCUCCACGGUGAACACUACUUGCCUGCUCCUCACAGAGUUGAAGCCUUUGUAAAACAUGCUUGUAGCUCCGAAUGGACCGCCAGUCUUCUCGCCUCUCUUCUUUCCCUCUCUGUACUUUACUUUUGUUUCGACAGAUUGACAGACAGAUUUGAACUUCGACGCAGAGGAAUCCUGGUGCAAGAGGCAGAGGCACAGUCUAUCAUCGAUAGUUGUAUCUCUGCUGUUUGUUUUUGAACAUUUGCCAUAUAUAUAUUUUUUUUUUCUCGCUUCGUAGUGAGCAGGAGCGGCGGUUCAGGUUGGUUGGUUUUCUUUUUUUUCGCUUCAGUGUAGAGGUGUGGCAGUUGCGGAAAUCGAUGACAGCGGAUCAGCAGAAAGUAAAGAUGAAGAUACAGUGUGGGGUGUGCCAGAGGAAUCCUGCGUCGGUUCUGUGCUGCGCGGAAGAAGCCGCGCUGUGCACUAAGUGCGAUGCUAGAACGCAGACUGCAAACAAGCAUGGUCGAGUUGCCCUUCACUCGGUGCCGGAGCCAGCUAAGUGCGACAUUUGCCAGGAGAAGCGAGGAUUUUUUUUCUGCUUGGAGGACCGCGCGUUGCUAUGCCGAGAUUGUGACGUGUCUAUUCACACGGCCAACACCCUCUCUUGCAACCACAGGCGCUACUUGGUGCCCGGAACCAGGGUGCAUCUAGAGGACGUUAAGGGAGUCCCCGUGAAGCCCAUCGCUCCAGAGGUUUACCUUCCGGUGGCGAGCCCUGCUGCAUCCUCGAUGUCGCAGUCUUCACAUAGCAGUCGCUCGUCCAAUCUUUCGAGCUCCACGUCUACUCUUCCGGGGCCACGCAUCCUCAGUAAACAGACAUCCAACGCAAAGCCUUCUGGGAGCGUGUGCAGCCCAUCUCCAGUGCAAACUUUCACUCUAGAAAUGGUCCAAGCUGCAUACUCAGGAAAAGUAAAUGCUCAAGCUGUCGCAGAGGCGACGAAGCCGACCCAGCAGUUUUCAGCUUCACAAACUCCGCCGCUAGUCUCUCUCCCCUCCAUGGGCGUUUCAAGCUCCGGAUCCAUGCGCAAGAGCAGCAUCUCUGAAUUUUUAACGGACGCUGUACCUGGAUGGCGCGUCGACGAGCUUCUCAACUUUGCGGAUUGCAAUGAGCAGUUCAACCCGACCGACUUUUCCACAUCGAAGAUGAUGGAAGGUGAGACCGCAGUGGAAGGAGAUUACGAUUGGACUGCCGAUCUGAGCUUGUUUGAAGCACAGAUGUUCUCUAUGCACGAAGUGCCUCAAUUUCCUCCUCCGCCUCCAACGCUGUCUGCAUCGCCCAAGUCUAACCGUGUUGCAAGGCAAUUGCAGAGGAUCAGCCAUAUUAAGCAAGGCUCGUAUCUUCAGGACGCAUUCCUAGUCCCCGAUGUCAGGAUUGCUUCAGCUCCCACGUCCCAAUCUGUGCCGAAGAGGUUUAAACGUGACUUGUAUCACAUGUUGAAUUGAUCUUUCCUGGAAUUUGUCGAGGAUUCUUGCAACGAGCAAAGAAGGUUCGACCUUUCCGAAACUGUUCACACAUCGAUUCAACGGCAUUUUUUGGUGCCUGACAUCUAAGAUGUGAGUGAACGGUUUUGUUUUUGUUUUUGUUUUUUCGUUCCUUUCAGAUGUCAAAGAUUGAUUUAGCCUCCCCCUCGAAUUUUCGAAGAUCAAGAAUAUGAUUUUUGUUUUGUCCUAAGUUCCCUAGAAAAUCUAAGAGUGGAAUCUUAAGGUUGCUUAAGCUUUUGCGUGGAGGAGGAAGCGCGUCUGUUGCACCUCAGCGCGAGUGUUCAUCCCAUUGGACUCGAGACCUCUUUCCUGCUGACCUCGAGCUUCCCAAGAAGAAGAAGAAGAAGACAAACAAAGAUGACGAUAACACUCCUAGUGUAUCUUCCUGGCCUACUUUCCACCUCCGCGGGCGUAACAUCGAUGCGUUAAUCAACGCGAUCGAUUUGUGAGGCGGUUUUUUUUCACCUCAAAGACGGUUUCUGUGCACCUGUUCACAGGUUUUUCCUGCCACGGUGGUCGUCUUCGAGUUUCCCACUCUCACCGGUUUUUUUCUCGCGAGGCAAGAGGCUUUCGAAUGUUACUAGAUGUUUUAUUGCAGCACCAGAUUGUUGAGUUGAAGCCCUAGCGUAUUUUGUAGCUCAGGAUGCUUCAUACUUUUGGCAGUCUUUUUUCACUUGUUUUCACAACAGGUUGGUCGUAGAGGUGUUUUGCGCCUGUAGACCCUACUUCACAUGUACAGUUUGAAGCGGUGGUGCAAACUUGGCAUCGGCGUACUCAAGGAAAUGCAAGGGUUCAAGUUAUUAACA